AUGUGUGAAGUUUAUGCAUCAGACACAAAUGGGGGUGGUAUUGUGGCUAUAUGGGACACUACAACCCUUAUGGUCACGAAGAAACUAUGUGGUGACAGAUGGAUCCUGCUAGAAGGAUACAUCAUCAAUGCAAACUUUGAGUGUACUAUCGGUGUCAUAUAUGGGCCAAACGACAGAGCUGGAAGACUCCAUGUUUUUACAGAAAUCAAAAGUGCUAUCAUCAGUAUCAAGAAGCCAUCCCUCCUAUUGGGAGACUUCAAUGUGAUUCUACAUUCCUGGGAAAGAAAGGGAACCUUUACAUGCGUCCGAAGUACUAAUGAAUUCUCUGACUGGAUUCGUGAUCUAGGGCUUAUAGAUAUUCCCCUUCAUGGUCUACGAUUCACUUGGAGGAGAAAUGAAUCCAAGAGCAAGUUAGAUAGGGGUCUAUGCUGCAAUGGUUGGCUGACAAAGUUUCCAAAAUUAAAAUUGCUGGGCCUUAAAAGAUCCUGCUCGGACCACAACCUCCUUCUGCUGAAUUUGGAAGACAGAUAUAACUGGGGCCCAAAACCAUUUAGAACCUUUCAUGCAUGGUUCUUGAACCCGAAUUUCAAGAAGUUCAUCCAUAAUGAAUGGCAAAACCUCCUGUCGGUACCCCUGAACGAGAAACUGAAGAUCCUAAAGGGCCCAAUGAAAAAGUGGAGCAGAGAACAUUUUGAUCAUUUGGACAACAAAAUAAGCAAUCUGGAAAAGGCCAUUCAUGUUCUGGAAAAGCUUAGUGAUGACCGUAUGCUGAAUGAUAUGGAGCAAGCCAGGCUUAAUGCAGCUCAAUCUCUUCUCCAAUCAUACAUUCAGGGUGUAUCAAACCUUAAAGAUGCAAUCAAAAAUUUCUUCGCUCAGAGAUUCACACAGGAACCACUACCAGAUUUCGACUUCGACUUGACAGAUUACCCAAAGAUCUUACCAGAACAAGCAGUCGCCCUAGAAGCUUUCCCGUCCAGAGAAGAAGUAAAGAACGCUGUAUGGGCUUGUGGAGUUGAUAAAGCCCCGGGAUUUGACGGAUACAACUUCAGAUUCAUAAGAGAAAUGUGGGAAGUUAUCAAGGAGGAUUAUUCUUAA